CAUUUAUUUAUAUGAUUACAUCCCUGAGUAGAAUGUAAGUACUUGUGUAUGUGUUCACUCACACAUACAUAAACACACACACACAAUUUUUUUUCCACCUAUGUUUUCAAUUGUGUUGGGAUCUCCUGGUGAGGAAAUUCUCUUUACCAAUAUAAGUCAGCAACUGGUCGGCAGUCGGCAGUUUACACAAAGAUCACAAAAAAAGAGACAGGAGAGGGGACAGAACUCAAGAGUUAAGCAACCUCCCCCGUACAUACAACAGGUAUAUGACAGACGUGGGGCUAGAAGUCAUGGACAUGUUUUAUGAAAUGGAAUUGCUGACUAUAUGCUCAAUAUGGUUCAGCAAUGUGAUGUAUUGGUUAAGAAAGUGAUUCAAAGUUAUGAUACAGUAAGAGAGGUGGGAUAAGUACUAGGAAGGGCAGAGGACCACCCUGUUCUCUGCUCUGGUCAGGCUGCAUGUGAAAUACUUUGUUCAGUUCUGGGCAUCAUGAUUUGGACAGGCUAUUAUUAAGCUAGAAAGCCUUCAGAGGUCAAACCAGGAGGGCUGGAGACUUUUAUUUUACAUAGGGAGUUUGAAAGAACUAGAAAUGUUUAGCCUGGAGUAAAGAAUUUAGAGAGGAUAUGAUAGCUUACUAGCUCCAAGUAUCUGAAGAGCUGUCACAUGGAAGCAGAUAGACAGAAUUAGAAACAUGGAGUAGAAGUUGCAGAAUUUAGGUUUGAUGUUAAGAAAAAAAAAUACAAUUAGAGCACUCACUACUCACUAAGGUCUUCAAGUCAAAGUUGGAUAACACUAUGCUGUAUUAUCUCAAAGAAGACAAACUGUUCAAAUGUACUUUGGACUCAAUAGCUGCCGAGAUUCUUUAAUAUGGCCUUUAAAGACUCUCCCCAAAGAAAAAGGUUUGAGGUAGGGAAAGCAAAUAACUCAUCCUGAUUUGAAGAUUGAAUUGGACCAGGAGAGUUGUGGGGUCCAGUUGUUGUGCUUCUCUAUUCCCAUAUUACUUUCUCACUCCUCUUCCCAGUUCUCUGGGCUUUGAGAGCAUGAUUUAUCCAGCUAUUGUAUAGUCCAAAAGAUUUCCUCCAAAAAAAGGUUCCAUAAUACUCUAGGCUGCUGAUGAACCAGACUAAAAUAAUUAACAAAUAAAAAUGCAAUGAAAUAAGAAAAUUGCACUUUAAAACCGAGUCACUGCUGCCAGCAAGGAUGCUUGUAUAUGGUUUAGUAGCCCCAGUUUCUAUUUGAGUUUGACACCCUUAGUUUCUUCAACACCUAGCCACAGCAGUUACCACCCAGGAGGUUCUGAGCUGUAAUCAGCAUGACCUCUUUUACUAAGCUCAGCUGAGGCUUCCGGAAAAAUUGCCUCCCUACCCCCAACCUUUCCAUUCCUAGUCCCCUGAGAAAGAGGCUUCCUUCUUCCCAAACUUUACAUUUAAAAAAAGUUUGUCAACUUCUUGUCAAUAACUAGAAAGGAAAUAAAAGGAAGGGGAGAGAAGAGAAUGAGUAACCCUGUUUGUGAGCUGAGCUAGGAAGCUGGGUAGGAAGACCAAUGCCUACAGCAGGUUGUGAGGAGCUUUUCUGGGGAAGACUAUACUCCCGACAGAGAAAUUCUCUGCUACUCCUGCAUUUGCUACUGUUUCUGAAGGGAACUAAGGGCCGCUGUCUACAUGAGGAAACACAGAGAUCUGUGAGUCUUAUUGGACCACCUGUUUCCCCAUUGUCCCUUGAGCCACGCUCUGGUUCUGGUUCUCUUGACCAUUCCAAUGCUCCAAGGCCUAUUCGUAUCCAGGCCUGGUACUCUAAGGAAUCAAAUUUAAAAAGUGAGAUUUUGUACCCUGAGAGAGACUGGAAGAACUGGGAAUUUCAGAUAGAUGCAGUUCUGAGAGAAGCCAUUCAUCGGAUCCAGGGGGUACUUGCAGUCCCACCCGUGCAAGGAUCCCUUCUUCUGAGUCGUGACCCAGAGCGGUACUGUCAAGCUAUCUGGAGGGACCCAGACUCCCCAAAUCACUACAGAUGCAGCCUUCUGAACCCCAGCUAUGUGGGAGAGAACUGCAUGGGGGUAAAGAUUCCUGAUUCCCAUCUCCGUGGAUAUUCCUUAUGGCCAGAACAAGGUCCCCCAGAAUUGAUCCAACCAGAUGGACCCGGAAUCUCAAAUACUGACUUCCUCUUGUAUGUACAAGUUGCUCAUACUCUGAAAUGCCACCAUGAGGUGAGGGGUAAAUCGAAUUGUCUUUCUCCCUAUUCUAUAGCUCCCUAUCUGAAUCUCCUAAUCACCCAGCUCCCUCAUGUGUGUAACAUUGCUGUGCUUCCCAUCACUGCCUCCAUGUUCUUUUAUUUCCAGCCUUCCAUUAUUGCCUAUGCUGCUUGCUGCCAGCUGGACAGCCAAGAUCGGCCCCUUGCAGGAGCCAUCACCUUCUGCACACACCACCUUAGCAGCCUUCACCAUAGCCACAGUGACAUUGUCAUGGUUACAAUACAUGAACUGUUCCAUGUUCUGGGCUUCUCUGGACAACUCUUCAAGAAAUGGAGGGACUGUACAGCAGGUUCGAGCAUUGGAGAUAAAUGUUCCCCAAGACGACAAGUGACCAGAAGAGAUGAAUGGGGGCAGCUGAUUCUCAUCACCCCCACUGUAAGCCACAGCCUAGCCAGGCACUUGGGAGUUUCAGAAGCCAUACAGGGAGUCCCCUUAGAAGAAGAGGGGCUAUUUUCCUCUCACUGGGAAGCUCGUUUAUUCCAGGGAUCUGUGAUGACUGCUACCUUUGAUGGUGCUCACCGUACUCAGAUUGACCUUAUCACUCUUGCUGCCUUUGCUGACUCUGGCUGGUAUCAAGUAAAUCUCAGUGCUGCACAGGAACUGCUCUGGGGUCAGGGAUCUGGUUUGAACUUUGGUUUGGUGACAUCCUGUAAAUCUGGCUCCUCAGAAUUCUUCUGUGUCGGCAGUGGACUGGGCUGUCACUACCUGCAUUUUGACAAAGGACAGUGCUCAUCGGAUUCUCUGCUGGAUGGCUGCCGAAUGUACAAACCAUUAACACAUCAAAGUGAAUGCUGGAAGAAGGAAAAUGCACUCCUCCUUACAGCAGAAAAUCCACAUGGGGAGAUCUACCAUCCCAAAAGCCGAUGCUUCAUGGCUAACCUCACUUCAGUCCGGGUAUUCAGAAAUGGAACCACAUUCCUCCCUCGAUGCUACUUACAUCGAUGCACCAAAGGAAGUACAUACUAUGUGCAGGCAGCAGGAUCACCAUGGGUCCUAUGUCUCCCAGGAAAGUCUAUUCAGGUCCCUGGGUAUUAUGGCCUCCUCUUCUGUCCCCGGGUCCAGUUCUGCCAGGCAGAUAAGGAUUUCAUGUCUCUUAGUCUCUCAACUACAAGACCUUCAUCCCCAGGAUUGCUGAUCCGGUUGCCCCUAGGACUUACUGGGCCCACAAACUAUUACCUGAGUAAGAUGCAGCAUCAGGAACUGAUCCAAGCUAUACUGCAGGCCCUGGUGAUCAGAGCAGGCAUCCACAUAUUCAGGUGCCAUUUCCACAGUCCCUCAAUAAACUCUAACCUGGUGUUUACUGUGCACAUGUGGGAGUUUCCUGGAUGUCAAGGUUCCCCAAUUGAGAUCCUAUAUAAAGCUCUGAGCCGAUCUCUCAAUGACACACCAUUAAAUGUGGACUAUGGUGAAGCCACUUUUACCACAGACUAUAAUAGGUAUUCCUUCUUUAUAUCUAGGUGGCUGACCUCAACAGGUCUCAUUUCCCCAAAUCCAGGUAUAAUUCUGCCCAUAGGCCUCAGUCUCAUUCUACUUAUUCUGGUAGGUACAGGGGGAACUAUGGCCUACAGGAAAUACCAAGCUUCCCUUCGAGUCGCACCGUCAGCUUCUUAUCCUUCAUCAGAAUUCCCAGGAUCAAUAAGAAGCCUCUCUGAGGGAAUGGGAGAAGCAUAAUGUGACAUUAUAUUGGGUCUAGGACAGAGUAUGUCUAACAUUUACAAUUUGUCUCCAAUUUCACUUUUUCAGCCCCAUGUGAUAUAUCCUAUAUUUCUCUAUUUUUUUCACAAGUUGUAAUCUAUGCCUACAAUGUUCUUCUCGUUUGUCUAAUGACCCUAGGUCCCUUGAAGGUUCAAUUCAAUGCCAUCUCUUAGAAGCAGCUUUUUCUGUCCCUAUUAGUGUUUGGCCGCUACUGACUUUGUAUGUUACAUCCUUUCCACUCCCAAAGAAUCUAAGUUUCUCGAGGGCUUGGACUUUUGGACUUAUAAUUUAAUUUUUACAUUCCCAAAUGCUUAGAAGCAUUCCUGAAACACAAUAGGCACUUAAUAUCUUUCCAGAUAUGAGUUUGAACUUAUCUUUGAGCACUCUACCAGGGUUCUGGAUCAACCUAGAGCAACAAGAAUGCCUUUCCUUGGCCACAGACUGGUAGGGAGGAAAAAAGCUAACAAUGGAUCACAAUUCAUAUUUUCAUUCAGAUAGAAGGGAAAAAAUGGGUAAAACCCUAAAUCAGGAAUGAAGACU